AUUAAUAGUAAAUAUUAAAUUAAAUUUUAUUAACAAAUUUUUAGAUUAGUCUCCGAUUAAUUUCUAGCUAUAAUAUGUCAGACCAUAAAGACAAGCGAAUGCGAGCCUGUGUUAUAGGCGCGGGUGCGGCCGGUCUGUGUGCGGCCCGACAUCUAUCACAAUACCAGUCAGUAUUCACUUUCGAUGUCUACGAGAAGACAACAAAAGUGGGCGGCGUUUGGAAUUACACCGAUUCGGUCGGUUUGGACACCAAUGGACUCCCAAUACACACGAGUUUGUAUAGGAAUAUGAGAACUAAUAUUCCGAUGGAAAUCAUGGAGUUUCAAGACUUUGCCUCCAACUGCGAGACAUCCUUUGUAUCGCACACUCGUUUCAAUCAUCAGAUAAUAAGUGUUUCGAGAUCUGAGAAUGUAUGGAAAAUUAUGGUGAAAAAUAUCACAACCGGUGAAAUACGUGAACACAUUUACGACUCUGUAUUUGUAUGCAACGGCAAGUUCUCAAUACCAUUCAUUCCCAAAGACAUUAAAGGGUUGCAUACCUUUAAAGGACAGGUAUUACACACUCAUGACUACAGAGUGGCCGACGGUUUUGAGGGAGAGGUAGUGUUGGUGUUGGGCGGCGGGCCCUCUGGUGUUGACAUUUCCAUAGAAGUGUCAGAAGUAGCAAAACAAGUGAUUUUCUGUCACAGAAAUGCCGAACCAUUUCUAAACCUAUCGGAAAAUAUUGUUCAAGAAUUGAGUGAAAUUCAAGAAAUUACUGAAACUGGCGUUGAAUUAAAAAACGGCAAUCAAUACAAAGUGAAUACAAUACUAUUGGCGACGGGAUAUCAAUCGGACCUAUCAUUUCUGGACAAAAGUUGUGCCAUAAAUGUCAACAACAGUGGACGGGUUGAAGGAAUUUACUUACACUUCAUUAACCAAACGUACCCAUCGAUGGCUAUUUGGGCCAUAUCUAGGAUACCCAUACCAUUCCCGUACUAUCACAUUCAGGUCUCACUAUUCAUGAAAUGUUUGACUCGAGAGCUGGAGUUGCCAUCAAUUAAAGAGAUGGAAAGCCAUACACAACAGGAACUGUCUCUAAGAAAGUCCAUAGGUUUAAGUGAAAGGCAUUACAAUAAGAUUUCUCAAUCAUCUUAUGAUUAUUGCCAUACACUGACACAAAUGGCAAACAUUAAGCCAUUGAGUCCUGUCGUCAACAAACUUCACGACGAUAUACAAGAAUUCAGAAAACAAGAUAUCAUUGGAUAUAAAAAUAUGAAUUUUAGCAUUAUUUCA